AUGACGACCCCGAAAUAUACCAACAAACUAGCCAACACGUCCGUGCUCAUCAUAGGCGGGACAUCUGGCCUAGGCUUCGGCCUCGCGGAAGCCCUCAUCGAACACCGCGUCUCGAACCUCUACAUCUCGUCCUCGCGCAAGGAGAGAGUCGACGCAGCAAUCUCGCGCCUCCGAUCCACAUACCCCGACUCAGAGCAGACCACCAAAAUCACCGGCAUCCCCUGUAACCUCGGCGACGAAGCGACGCUCGAAUCCAACAUCAAGAGUCUCUUCCGCAGCCUCGACUCGAAACUCGACCACGUGGUCUUCACGGCCGGGGACCCUCUCGCCGCGAAACCACUCGGCCAAGUCGACAUGCCGUUCAUGAAACAGGCGGGCAUGGUACGGUUCUUCGCGCCCUUCUUCGUCGCCAAGGAAGCCGUCGGCCACUUGAAUGCCGGCCCGGCCAGCAGCAUCACGCUCACGACCGGGUCGGUCUCGGAGAAGCCGAUCCCCAAUUGGGCCGUCGUGGCGUCGUACGCGAGCGCCAUGCACGGCAUGACGCGCGGGCUGGCGCUGGAUCUGAAGCCCGUGCGCGUCAACUUGAUCUCGCCCGGCGGCGUGGACACCGAGCUGUGGGUCAACUCGCUGGGAGAUAGGGAAAAAGCCCAGGCGGCCAUGGACGGGAUGAAGGGGAAAGCCGCGACGGGGGAAAUUGGCCGCGUCGAGGACGUGGUGGAGAGUUACCUUUAUGUCUUGAAGGAUCGGAACGUCACGGGCAGUGUGGUCAGGAGUGAUGGCGGCGUUUUCUUGAUGUGA